UAUUAUUCCAAUAAUUUUUUAAUUUAUUUUCUUCAGUUUCAGAGUAAAUAAUCAUGCGAGAGUUCAAGGUAGUGGUUUUGGGAAGUGGAGGUGUUGGAAAAAGUGCACUGACUGUCCAGUUCGUAUCUGGAAUGUUCAUGGAAAAAUAUGAUCCAACUAUUGAAGAUUUUUAUCGAAAAGAGAUUGAAGUUGAUUCAGCUCCUUGUGUUCUUGAAAUUCUUGAUACAGCUGGUACAGAACAGUUCGCAUCCAUGAGAGACCUUUACAUUAAAAAUGGUCAAGGUUUUGUUGUAGUAUACAGUAUUACAAGUCAUCAAACAUUUCAAGAUAUCAAGAAUAUGAAAGAACAAAUUAUGCGUGUCAAAAAUACAGAAAGAGUGCCAAUCUUGCUUGUCGGCAAUAAAGUUGACUUAGAAAAUCAACGAGAAGUGACUACAGUCGAAGGCAUGGGACUUGCUCAACUAUGGGGCUGUCCAUUUAUGGAAGCUUCUGCACGUAAUAAAUGUAAUGUGAAUGAAGUUUUUGCAGAAAUAGUUAGAGAAAUGAAUUAUUCCACAGUUAGGGAGAAGCAAAAUUAUUGCUGUUGUGUAAUUCUUUGAU